AUGAAGGCCGUCGUUUUUGACGGUCUUUACAAAAUCUCGGUGCAAGACCGGCCAGUUCCUAAGGUCCGCGAUGACCGAGACAUUAUCAUCAAAGUACACGCCGCCGGCCUCUGCGGAUCCGAGCUUCACAUCUAUCGAGGCCACCAACCCUCUGACACUGGAUUCAUCAUGGGGCACGAGUUUACAGGGACCGUCGUCCAGGUUGGCCCUGCCGUCAAGACCAUUAAAAUUGGCGACAAAGUCGUCGCCCCAUUCACGGCUUCCUGCGGCAAUUGUUUUUAUUGCAACAGCGGCUACUCGGCCCGAUGUGUCGAGAGCCAGCUGUUUGGCUGUGAAACGCUUGACGGAGGACAAGCUGAGUAUGUGCGAAUCCCAAUGGCUGACGGGACUGCCGUGAAGGCUCCGGAUACCAUUUCGGACCAGGCGCUCCUCCUCAUGGCCGAUAUCUUCCCCACCGGGUUCUACGGGGUCAAGAGCGCCAUGGAGCUUUGCCCGUCACAAAAUGUUCAAGAUGCUACUAUGGUAGUUAUAGGUUGCGGACCCGUUGGGUUGUGUGCUAUCCUAGCUGCUACUCAUUAUAAGCCCCGUCAUCUUUUCGCCAUCGACAGUGUCGAGAGCCGCUUGGAGCAGGCCCGGAAGCUCGGUGCUGAGCCUCUCAACUUCGAGAGUGACAGGGCUGGGCUGGAAGCUCGAAUCAAGGAGGUGACCAAUGGACGCGGAGCUGAUAUGGUUGUUGAGGUUGUCGGUCAAUCACCCGCGUUGAGGACAGCGUUCGACAUUGUGCGACCCUUCGGCGCCAUCAGCAGCAUUGGCGUCCACAACAAGGAGAUUCCGUGGACGGGAGACGACGCAUAUACGAAGAACAUCCGAUUACAGAUGGGCCGGUGUCCUGUCCGAAGCGUUUUCCCCGAAGCCCUCAAGCUGCUCGAGCAAAAGCAAGACCUAAUCGGCUUCAUGUUUGACCAUGUCAUGCCCCUCUCACAGGCGCCCGAAGGAUACACUCUUUUUGAGCAACGCAAGACCCAAAAGGUGGUCUUCACCCCCUGA